UCGGCAGAUCAACACGCAGGAAAAUAAUGGAUCGCCAUAUGAUGACAUGAAAUCCGUUCCAUACAGCAUCGGAGACCUUCCUACUUAGCCCUCGUGGGUGACCAACCCCUUCCUUAUAUGCCAAGCCAUAUCCCCAUCGUUUCUAUACUGCAUAGACUAGACUUGGCAAGAUCAUUUCAUUUCAACUCGGUGUACUUGUUCUUUCACUAUAAGUUCUGGUGUUAUGAUUAUUUAUUUUAUUUCAUACUUUAAACCCUUACUGUGAUACCUUGGUUGUGGUAAACUCCCCGAUAUGGCUGUGAUUUGGGGUCUAGAUCUCCACGAGAUCCAAUUCUCCAAGUUCAAGGGGAAAUAUAUGUUCAAUCGCAUCUACCACCUACGGCGCACAAGGAUGAUUGUCUACCAACUAGCCAUGAUCCUCUGUGUAUGUUCCGAGUCGGUGGGAACAGCUGCCUUAUCAGAUUAUCUCGACCAACAAAGCAACAUCCAGGGACAACACCCCGGCGUCAAGAUCCAUAAUAACAGUUUCAUCGGCGCGGCCUCGUAUAAUAUCUUUGUGGGAAUCUCCGUGGCAACGAUCUUCGGCGCAGCAUUCUUUUUCGACCUGUUCUGGCCCGACAGAUACGAAAGUCCAUCUGUCCGAUUAGCAUGGAAAAUAUGUGCGGUGGUCGUCUCGGUAAUGAUGCUCAGCUCCGCUCUUGUCAUGACGGUUAUCACUGCCAUGUAUAGUGCCGAUAUCACUGGUACAGAUGCCGCCUCUGCGAGAAAGUUCUGGUCCGAGGCCGAGAAGAAACCUGCUCUAGCGUACAGAACCAAUCCCAAGGCAGUUGCCUCGGUGGUUCUAGCGUGGCCCGGCUGGGUCGCCACUGUUGUUAGUACUAUUGUCCUUUUCAUGUCCAAAAAGCAUGAUGAUCAAUACGGUGCCAAGUCUAACUAUGGCCGAGCCUUGGAGAAUGGGGGGAAUAUCCCGGAAGCGGAAGCGGAAGCCAAACCGGUUACAAUGUAAUGUUCGUUCUAUAUAGAAUGUAUCAUAGAUUUAUAUACACCACUUGUACAUUAACUGCUAAUCAAUGCGACGGAUAAGCCUAUCGUCCAUUCUUUCCUCAAAUUGAGCAGGUCG